CGCCCUCCGCUCCGCUCCGCCCCGCCCGCCGCCCGCGCCGCAGCUAACCGCACCAGGAGCAGCCCGGCGGCCGCACGACGGUCCCCGCCAUGUCCGCGGCCAUGAGGCAGAGGUUCGACCGGUUCCUGCACGAGAAGAACUGCAUGACCGACCUCCUGGCCAAGCUCGAGGCCAAGACCGGCGUGAACCGGAGCUACAUCGCGCUCGGUGUCAUCGGGCUACUGGCCUUGUACCUGAUGUUCGGUUAUGGAGCCUCUCUCCUCUGCAACCUGAUAGGGUUUGGCUACCCAGCCUACGUCUCAAUUAAAGCCAUAGAGAGUCCCAACAAAGAAGAUGAUACCCAGUGGCUGACCUACUGGGUAGUGUAUGGUGUGUUCAGCAUCGCUGAAUUCUUCUCUGACCUCUUCCUGUCCUGGUUCCCCUUCUACUACAUGCUAAAGUGCGGCUUCCUGUUGUGGUGCAUGGCCCCGAGCCCUUCCAACGGGGCGGAACUGCUCUACAAGCGCAUCAUCCGUCCUAUCUUCCUAAAGCACGAGUCCCAGGUAGACAAUGUGGUGAACGACUUGAAGGACAAAGCCAAAGAGACUGCAGAUGCCAUCGCGAAAGAAGCCAAGAAAGCCGCCGUGAACUUACUGGGUGAUGAAAAGAAGAGCACCUAAACCACCCUCCGGGUGAAACCUUCCUGCCCUCCGCACCUUCCUGUUAGAGCUUGAUGUUGUGUUGGGGACUGUGGUAUAAUCAUUUUAAUGUUGCCUUGGAAACAUUUUUGAUAUGUUAAAAAAUGGAAUGUGUGUUUCAGAUCAACAAUUACUGCUACUCUGGAGAGUCUCUGCCCACAGCCUGAAGAAAAUGAGCAUAGCCUUUCACUACGUUACCGCCUGUCCUGAAGAUGUGAUCUAUGGAAUGGAUAUGGAUGUAAAUAAAAUUCCAUUGUCUCACUGAA